AUGAACCUUGUGUGCAUACUUCUAGCAAUAGCCCCUCUUUCAUUUGCAAACAUCAAUAUUGUCCCUUUUUCUGCAUGGACACGCAUUUUCUCAUUCUUUUCAGGAAUUUCCAAGUCAUACGAUCGGACGUGCGGCGCAAAGGCGAGGAAUCUCUUAAACGCUUUGGAUGAAACAAGGCAAACAACUCCUUGCUUAGUAUUCAAUCUAACUGAGCCGCAACAGAAGGAAGACCCUGUCACAGUAUUGGAGAUGUCUAAGGAUGCAAUUACUGGCGGUUUCGAGUCCGAAAAGUUUGUUGGAUGCGCCUGGGAUCCUGAAGCGAUCAUUUGUGUGUUUGGUAAUAACUCGUGCAAUACAUGA